AUGAUUGAAACAGGCUUUGUUUCGGCUGUUUUUCUUGCAGCUGAAAUAAAGGAAUCUGUUACAAUUUCUUCAGUUAUGAUCCCUACUUCAGAGAAGUUAAAGGCAGUGUGGAUGAUAGCAUCAUAUCCUAUGCAUAUUUCUGAUAAUUGGGAAGCAGUUGAAGGGUUUAAGUCAAAGAGAAUUGUAUGAGCUGAGGGGCCUUUACUAGAAAUUUCUUGGGCUUUUUGCUCAGUUCUAACUGUGCAAGUGACAUCAUGACCAUGGGCUAGUAAAUUAUCGAGAAUUGAGCUGCCUAAAACACCUGUAGUACCUGUUAAAAAAACUCUCAUAUUUAUUAAAAUAAUUUCACUUCCAUUCCUUUUAUCAAUAAAUUGGAUUAAGGAUAUUAUUAUAUUUGCAAACCUAAAAAAUUAUUUUGAUGAUUUUAAUUUAAUAAUAUAA